AUGCCGUUGAUGGAUGAUGGAAAGCAGUCGGUAGAAAUACUUUCUAUAUGUAAUUUAAAAAUGAAUAAGGUCAAAAAAGCUCAAUCAUCUCUUCCGACAAAGAAAACGGCGUUAUCAGUGCAAGCUUAUGCAAUUGUCCGCAAUAUUCCGAAGGCAUAUCAUGCGAGACACUUGCGGUGUUUCUUCUCACAUUACGUUGAAAAUGAACGAUUUCAGUGUUUUCAUUACCGGCAUCGACCCGAAAUACAUAUUGAUAGUAAUGUAGACGAACCGUCCGCCCUCAAGGAAUAUGAACAUUUUUGCUGCGUUAUUUCAUUUAAAAAUGAAAAAGAACGGGCUGCUUGCAUCAGGCGCUACCACUUGAAGUUUUGGAUUGAUGAGAAAGGGCUUCAAAUGCCGUUGAAAUGUUUUAUUUUUCCUCUAAAGUCUUACGAGAUAUCAGGUGAUAGCAGUCAAGUGUCAGCAAAUUUGGAUUUUCGUUCCUUUAUUGAACUCAAACCACCAAGUCUUAUGCCUCUUGGAAACGUUGGUACUCCAACAAAAUUUUUUUUUGAGCAGAUUCGCCUUUGUAAAUUACCGCCAAGCAUUCUUACAAAAUUGGGUAUUAAAGCAAAAAGGUGUGUAGGCAAAUAUGGCGCCGUUUUUUUCAGAUACGAUGAAAAUAAAAAAACUGUUGUUGCAGGUUGCGAAGAAGAAACGAUUCCAUCUUUGCCUCUGGAUCUAAAUUCAUGCACUUCGGAAGACAGUGUUAGUAAAUUUGAACUGGAGAAUGAAAGUGAACUAGAGGACAACGAUGAUCAUUGUGAGGAGUGGGAGCGUCAUAAAGCUCUUCACAAUGAUGUUACGGAACAAAAACGUAUCAAGCCAAGAAAGUAUGAGACAGAGCAAGAAGUGAUAUGGGAGAAGGGAGGACCAGGUCUUGUUUGGUACAUGGACUCAUUUUUUUGGAAAGAAUUGGAAGAAGGGACAGAUAGCGAUUGGAAAUGGGCUGAUGAUUGGGAUGUUGAUUAUUCUAUUUAUUAUGAUCGAAAAGAUGGUGAUUUAGAUGCAAAGCAAUCAGUGGAAAUGAUGGAGGAUCAGAAGUUAAGAUCUGGUGAAGUUGUCCAUUCAGUUUUCAAAAAGAAGUUAAGGAAAAGAGAUUACGAAAGCAUUGAAAGGCCUUCAUCUACUAUCGGCUUCGGUCAAUUUGAGGUCCAUACGAAGAGAAUCGGCAGUAAAAUCAUGAAAAGCUAUGGUUGGUCUCCCGGAUUAGGUCUUGGUCCACAUAAUUUGGGACGUAUCGAAACUAUUUCUAUGGAGAUAGAAGAAGUCGGUGGUGCUCAAACUAGCAGUGAAAGAAGGGGUUUAGGAUAUCGAGGUGAAAAAUUGCGACGAACCGGUUUCUUUAAACCAAACAAUCACACAAUUGCUACAAAGUACGACCAAUUGGAUUUCGUGGAUAAUAGCGACUCAAUGAGUAAAGUUCUUAGAACAGAAAAAUCAGAUUUAAUGAAAUAUCGCUAA